AUGAACAGUUCAAUUUUAUCAAGACAACUAUCACAGACCAGUAGAAGAACUCUUGUUUCGACUAAUGCUAAGUUAUUCAGUACCAUUCCAUCGGUUCAAUUGCAAGCUUCUGCUUUCCAAUUAGCUAAGAAGUCUAAGGGGAAGAAGGUGAACGAUGCUCCACCUAGACCAGGUUCUGCAUAUAUGAUGUGGGUCAAACAUAUUAGACCAGAGUUUGCAAAUGAACAUCCAAAUGAAAAACCUACAGGUAUAGUUAAAUUAAUGGCACAACAUUGGAAAACUUUAAGUGACUCUGAGAAGGAGCCAUUCUACCAAGCUUACAACAAAGCUUUAGCGACUUACCAAGAGAAGAAACGUGCAUACGAGGCUACAUUACCUCCAAAGCGUCCUGCAGGUCCAUUUAUCAGCUUUUGUAAGGAUAACCGUACCAAAGUUCUAAAUGAGAAUCCACAUUUAUCUACUAUUGAAGCUACACAAAAGAUUGCUGAACUUUGGAAAUCUGCCAGUGAAACAGAAAAAGCUCAAUACUUAGAGUCUUACAAAACUGCUCUACAUGAAUGGCAAUCAAAAUACGGUAAGACUGCUUGA